UUCGCCUCUACAUAUACAAACAAUCAGUGAACAAAGGAACCAGCGUCCCUUGAUCAGCAAAGGAGGCGGAUCAUCCCCAACUAGCGAAUCACUUCCCGAUCUUCGUCAUUCGAUAGUUCUUGUGACCCGUUUAUCCCAAGACUGGUCGGUUUCAUACCCACUGCAUUUUGUCAUCGCUGUCGUACGAGACAUCGAACCACUGGGGUCUGCAAACAUACCAUCUCUCACUCGACCUUUAUCUCCUCUCGACUCGCAGCCCUUGCGAGAAAUUGCCAACAUAAAUUCAACGACGCCGUCUUAGCAUCAGCGACCACUUCCUCUCUUCUUGCACAAUGUCGGGCGACAACUCGAACUCCGAAAUGCCUCGGCAGAGCCGUGGGUCCGUCUCCUCCACUCCCUUCACGAGCCUGUUCCAGCGGAGGAACUCGACCUCGGUGCGAGGCACUCCUGCCUAUCCUGGGCCCAUCACCUCGGCGACCCUGAAUGAUCCUCAGCGCCGCCGCCUGUCUAUCACCACGCUCGGUCUCACUGGCACGUCUCCGACGAAUCCUGCGCAGUUUGGCAUGCGUCGUGGAAGCAUUUCGACCAACAAUUCGGACGUGAUCGAGGAGAAUGCCGUUGUUGAUGACGAUGACCCGACCUCUGCCCGCACCGCGCCCACCACACCCUUCACGCGCCGCAUGAGUUUCGGUGCUCAGGCGAUGCGCAACCUCAGGGCCCCCGGGGGUAGCAGCCCCAGUUCAAAUGGUAGGCCAUCACCGCCGCUACGACGUGGUAGCGUCUUAGGUGGUCCUCCUACCCCUCCCAACAGCAUGUCGUCCUCGAACGGGUAUACUUGGAACAAGACAUACUCCCAGGCAAGCACUAAAACCAACUCCAGAGCGGCUUCUGACUUGACUCCUCCUGCUGCUCGCUCAGACCAAGGUUUCAACUGGUCCGAGCAGCUUAGAUCUCGCGCCGAAAGCACUGUUGCUUCGGGCCCGCGACCCUCGAUCUCUUUUGCACCUGGCGUGAGCACCUCUCCUCCGCGUGGCAACGGUGGCGCCGGUCCAGCCGCCGUCCCACAUCACGAGCGGGCCAAAUCAGUCUCCGACAUGCCAGCACCUCCUGCUCAGUCCCCACGUCCCCGGCAGCCGCAGAAGCCGGAUCAUUUCCAGGAGCGGAUCCUGAAGGGCGACUUCUACAUGGAUUGAGUGGCCUGCUGGAAGACUUGAAUAUCCUUGCAACACCAUGUAUUAUUACCAUCCGAAACACCACGCAAUGAGCGUACUUCCAACCACCUGCUGUCGCCAAGGGGAGCGCAGCAGCUGUUCUCCUCCACCCCCAGCCACGCCGUCCAUCCAUCCGUCGGCUAUGCUGACUCCCCUCGAUCGUCUCGCUUUUCUGCCUCAUAAGGGCCCCCCCUGCG